AUUUCCUUCCCGGCUGCCGUAGAGGACCUGCCAUUAGCUUUUGGCGCCUGCCCUUAGUGCUGCUGUGCACAUAACGUUACGAGAUAAAGAGAGGAACCUGACCGCGUGAACUCAACAUGGGCAAGAAGCAGAAUACUAAACCUAAGAAGGAUUCACAGGAUGCACAGGACGAACCUGAAGAGUUUGUUGUGGAAAAAGUGCUGGACCAACGUCUUGUGAACGGAAAAGUAGAGUUCUUCCUGAAGUGGAAAGGAUUUACAGAUGCUGACAAUACCUGGGAGCCAGAGGAGAACCUGGAUUGCCCAGAGUUGAUCUCAGCAUUUCUGGAAGCACAGAAGGAAGUAAAGGAAAAGCCUGCUCCUGUGAAGAGGAAGGCAUCAACAGACGAGCCAGAAGCCGCAGCCAAAAAGAAAGAUGUGGCUGAGAAACCACGAGGAUUUGCUAGGAACCUUGAACCAGAAAGGAUCAUCGGUGCAACAGACAGCAGCGGGGAGUUAAUGUUCUUGAUGAAAUGGAAAGAUUCAGAUGAAGCAGACUUGGUCCCGGCCCGCGAAGCCAACACCCGCUGCCCGCAGGUGGUCAUUACCUUCUAUGAGGAGAGACUGACAUGGCACUCCUGUCCAGAGGAUGAAGCUCAGUAGUAGUACUUCCCUCUGGUCCCUGCAGUCCCUUGCACCACCUGCGCCCUUUUCCUCAGGACUGAAUUUUCUCCUCUAGCUUGCCUUCUAGUUUUAGCUGUUUUAGUUUUUUUUUUUUUUUUUUUUUUUUUUUUCCUAAGACGUUUCAACACUUUCAUUGUAUGGCAGUCAAGGAGAGCUAUGUUGUACAUAAUUGGCUGAUUUGAUUGUGAGAGAGCAGGUGAAUGUGUUGUCAUGUAUAAUUAAAGAAGUCUUCCGUUAUCAAAGGAUUAUGAUGUUAUGUUAGUUUGGAAACCAUACUCUUGGAUGGAAGCCGCCACCGCCCAUAUUCAUUCCUGGUUAACUUUAGUAGAUUCUGAAUGGCUACUUUGGUCUAUUUGUGUCUACCACCUGUUGUCACCAUCUCAAUCUGAUGUAAGAUGAUGAUUUUGAUCCUUUUUUUUUUUUUUUUUUCACCUUUAGUGCUAGUAUUCCGUUCUAAAAGUGUUUUUGUAUACUCGUUUUGUAAAUAUUGUUUGAAGUUCUAAUAAAGGUUUUAUGUGACCAAA